GGAGUGACUUGAGGACCCAGCCCUCACAUCAGCAUGCAGGGGGCGCUGAACAUGGAGUCAAGGAGGUUGUGAUAUUUGAGGAUGUGGCUGUGGACUUCACCUGGGAGGAGUGGCAGGACUUGAAUGAUGCUCAGAGGACUCUGUACAGGGAUGUGAUGCUGGAGACCUACAGUAGCCUGGUGUCAUUGGGGCACUGCAUUAGUAAACCUGAGGUGAUCCUCAAGUUGGAGAAAGGAACAGAGCCAUGCAUUAUAGAAGAACACCCAAACCAGAGCCUUCCAGAUGUCCAGAUAGUCAAUGACCUAAUUGAGAGGAGCCAAGAAAGUCAUGGCAGAUACUUGUGGCAAGGUGUAAUCAUCAAUGGCAACCAAUCACCUGAGGAGAGAGUGGAGUUAGGAAAAUCAUUUAAUUUCAGUUCAAAGCAUAUUUUAAAUCUGGUUAUAAAUAAUGGAAACUAUUCAGGAGUGAGGCAUGAGGAGUUUAAUCUAUGUCACAAUGCACUUCUUCCGGAGACUGAUGCCAUGUGUGCUGGAGAGAAAUGUGAUGAGCAUAAUAUAUCUGAGAAAUCACAGAGACAUCAUGAGCAUCUUAGUCAGCAUCCCGAGAUUCAAACUGGGCAGCCUUUUCAAUAUACUGGAAAAGGACAAUCCUCCAACACAGUGCCAAUAUUUACACAUACGAUUCAUAUGUGUGAGGCCAUCUGUAAAUAUAGUGAGUAUGGGAAAACCUGUAAUAAGUCAGAUGCCAUUGCCCAAGAGACAACUCAAGUAGGGAAGAAAUGUUUUCACUGUGAUGUAUGUCAGAAAAUGCUCUAUAAAAAAGCUAAACUUACUCAACAUCAGAUUAUACACACAGGAGAGAAACAUGAUAAAUACAAUGAAUGUCAGAAAUCUUUUAUUAAGGAAUCAUACCUUAUCUCAUAUCUGGGAACAUCUACAGGGAAGAAGCCUUAUCCAUGUAAUGAACAGGAGAAAUUUUUCCAUCAGAAGUCAGACCUUACUGUGCGUCAAAGAAUUCACACAGGGGAAAUAUCCUGUGGUUAUAACGAGUUUGGAAAAGGUUUUAACCAAAAGUCAAACCUGAGGAGACAUCAGAGAAUUCACACAGUUGAGUACCCAUAUGAAUGUACAGAAUGUGGGAAAGCUUUUAACCAAAAGUCAGCCCUCAACAAGCAUCAGACAAUUCACACUGGUGAGAAACCAUAUGAGUGUAAAGAAUGUGGAAAAGCUUUUAUCCGAAAGUCAUACCUCAGCAGUCAUCUGAGAAUUCACACAGGUGAGAAACCAUAUGAAUGUAAAGAAUGUGGAAAAGCUUUUAACCGAAAGCCAGCCCUGAACAGACAUCAGAGAAUUCACACAGGUGAGAAACCAUAUGAAUGUAAAGAAUGUGGAAAAGCUUUUAACCGAAAGCCAGCCCUGAACAGACAUCAGAGAAUUCACACAGGUGAGAAACCAUAUGAAUGUAAAGAAUGUGGAAAAGCUUAUAAACGAAAGUCACACCUCAGCAUGCAUCAGAGAAUUCACACAGGGGAGAAGCCAUAUGAAUGUAAAGAAUGUGGAAAGGCUUUUAAUGAAAAAUCAGCCCUCAACAAGCAUCAGAGAAUUCACACAGGUGAGAAACCAUAUAAAUGUAAAGAAUGUGGAAAAGCUUUUAACCAAAAGUCACACCUCAGAAAGCAUCAGAGAAUUCAUACAGGUGACAAACCAUAUAGAUGUAAAGAAUGUGGAAAAGCUUUUAAUCAAAAGUCACACCUCAGCAAUCAUCAGACAAUUCACACAGGUGAGAAAACAUGUAAAUUUAAAGAAUGUAGGAAACCUUUUAACAAGUCACACUUCAGAAAGCAUCAGAUAAUUCACACAGGUGAGAAACGAUUUGAAUGUAAAGAACGUGGAAAAGCUUUUAUCCCAAAGUCACACCUCAGCAUGUAUCAGAGAAUUCAGACAGGUGAGAAGCUAUGUAAAUGUAAAGACUGUGGGAAAGAUUUUAGCCGAAAGUCAGCCCUCAACAAGCAUCAGAGAAUUCACACAGGUGAGAAACCAUAUGAAUGUAAAGACUGUGGGAAAGCUUUUAGCCGAAAGUCAACCCUCAGUGAGCAUCACAGAAUUCACACAGGUGAGAAACCAUAUGAAUGUAAAGAAUGUGGAAAAGCUUUUAACCAAAAGUCAUACCUCAGGAGUCAUCAGACAAUUCACACAGGUGAGAAACCAUAUGAAUGUAAAGAAUGUGGAAAAGCUUUUAACCAAAAGUCAUACCUCAGGAGUCAUCAGACAAUUCACACAGGUGAGAAACCAUAUGAAUGUAAAGAAUGUGGAAAAGCUUUUAACCGAAAGUCAGACCUCAGCAGUCAUCAGAUAAUUCACACAGGUGAGAAACCAUAUAGAUGUAAAGAAUGUGAAAAAGCUUUUAACCAAAAGUCAGCCCUCAAGAAGCAUCAUAGAAUUCACACAGGUGAGAAACCAUAUGAAUGUAAAGAAUGCGGAAAAGCUUUUCAGCAAAAGGCACACCUGAGCAUGCAUCAGAGAAUUCACACAGGUGAGAAACCAUAUGAAUGUAUAGAGUGUGGGAAAGCUUUUAACCGAAAGCCAGCCCUCAACAGGCAUCAGAGAAUUCACAAAAGUGAGGAACCAUAUGAAUGUAAGGAUUCUUCAAAAGCUUUUAACCAAAUGCCAGCCUUCAGCGUGCAUCAGAGAACUCACCCAGGGGAUAACCCCUGCUAAUGUAAUGGAUGUUGAAAAACCUUUAACCAGAAGUCAUACUUCAGGAUGCAUCAUAGUACUCACACAGGAAAAAAACGUUAUGAAUAUAAAGAAUGUGGAAAAUGUCUUAACUGAAAGUCAGACCACAGCAUUUAUCAGAGAAUUCUCACAGAUGGGAAACUAUAUGAGUGUAAGGAACGUGGAAACACUUUUAACCAAAAGUCCACCCUCAGCAUGGAUCAGAGAACUCACACAGGUGAGAAACCAUAUGAAUGUAAAGAAUGUGGAAAAAGCUUUUUUUGUUGUUUUUUACAAGGUUAGAAUUUAGAAGAUGUCAGGAUACUCACUCAUGAAAAAACAUGAAUGUAAUAUAAGUCUUUUACUGGAACUCCUCCUAAAAGAUGAAAGAAUUCAUGCAAAGGAAAACCUCAUUGAAUGUAAUUUCUAUGGGAAAAGAUUUUGGCAGACGUCAUAUCUCAAGAUAUCAGAGAAUUUACAUGAAGAAGAAUACCUUUGUAUAUGUAAUUGUCCUCAGGUAUUGGAGAUUGUCUUGAGGAUCCCCUAUUGACAUAAAAAUUUGGUGAUGCUCAAGUCCCUUCUAUAAAUGGUGCAGUGGUUCUGUAUUACCAAUUCACUUCCUGCUGUGUACUUUACCUCUUGUGUAGAUUACUUAUAAUACUGGAAAAAAUGUGAAUACUAUGUAAAUAGUUAUACUGUGUUGUUUUUCAGUUGUAGAAUUAUUUCAUUUAAUGUUUUUAUUUACUUUUGAGUAUUUUUGAUAAGUAGUUGGUUGAAUCACUAGAUGAAUAACCCUCAGAUAUGGAAGGAUGAGUGUGAAAACAUCUUUUUUUGAAAGUCUAAAGGUUGGCUGGUUAGAGCAUUGUUGCUUAUAACAUUGUGCUUAUAACACAAAGGACCCCUAUACCAGCCUCUCACCAAAAAUAAAUAAAUAAAAAUUGAAAAGGAAUUACAUCAUAGCAGACAUUAGAGAAUUUACAUAGGGGAGAAAUUCUGUAUGGAUUAGACUGUUUUUAUAUCACUUUUUUCUUGUACGCAUAGCCUGCUAUCAGAGCAUUCCAUGAUUGGGUGGAUAACCAUAAAAUCUGACUGUUCAGGGGAACAUAGAUAUGUGAUGAACAUUACUUCCACUUCAGGCAUCAAAAUUAAAAAUUUUUCCUUGCAGUUUCUGAUUUCUCAUGUUCUCUGGGAUUGAAUGGAGAUGACUGUUGGGUGGAGUUGGGGGCCACAGGUGGGAGAAAUACACCCUAAUUUAAAUUAGAAGGAAUUAAAGAAACGAGAGAUAUUCUCACCACUAUACCCAAACCUCCACUAACACAUUAUAUAAGAAAUUAUUUCCUUGUUGAGCCAUUGUUUGUGUGCUCUAUUUGCAAUACAACACAACCAGCCCACUCCAGCUAAAUGAUUUUAUAAACUUUCUAAGAGAAGUUACCAGUACUUGUAUAUGGGAAGAGAAUUUUAUAUUGUCACCAUUUAUACCCCAAUCAGUUUAUGGGGAAAUCAAAUUAUGGGAGAAACAAUGCAAUAAAUGUGAGAUAUCUCAUCAGGACUUCUCAUUGAACAGUGAAAGUAAAGUUAAAUGUCUUUGUAAAUCUCUUUAAUGUGUCAAAUCUUUCAAGAAGACUUUCAACACUUUUUAUGUCACGAUUUGAAAUGCGGAGAAAACUGUAAUAAAUGUAAAUUUUCAAAUAGAAAUGAUAAAUGGAGUACUUAAAAUAUUUUUAACAUUUUGAGUGUUACCAAUAUUUAAAUAUGACUGGUGACACUGCCUGCCAGGGGACAUUUGGCUUUGUCUCAAGGCAUUUUUGGUUGUCAUAACUGAAGGGGUGUUAUUCCAUUAAGUUGGAAGAAGACAUGUUUCUCAACAGCCUACAGUGUGCAAAAAAGCCUCCUCACAUGCAACGUUUAUGCAUAAAACUGUUCUUUGUUUAAAAUUUAUCUUAAUGAAACCCAGCAUAACUGUGGGUAGGUAAUAUGUACACUUAGUAUAAUAAAUAGUUUGGUGUGACUUCAGGAUUUUUGACAUUAACUGCCAUUAACUUCUGUAUAUUUUGUUAAAUAUAUUGUCUGAAUUACUGCACUGCA